GAUGAAGCUCGAAAACUCGAGGUUCCGGCUGACGUUCCAAGGUUGUUAAGCGGAGACUGCUGUGGCUGAGAGGUGUGGCUCAGGGCACUAGCCAGGAGGGUACUAGUGCCACCAAUAGUCCACGGAGUUUUCACAACGUCCCUCCAGCCACCCACCAAACUCGCCCGCUUCCAAUCCUUCCCAUCUUCCUCAGCCAAACCCCUUCAGCAACACCCUCAAACCACACUCUCCUUCUUCGCCUUCCUGUGCGCUCUGCAAUCUCCAUACGCACUUGCUGAUGCAGAUAAUCUUUUUCUCCUUUUCUUUCCCGCAUUAAUCAAUUCUGUUCCGCGCGAUCUGGAUGAUCCAGGUCCAGGCUGCACGCCACCAUGUCUGACUUCCUCGGAGCUCGCAUCUCCCUCAUAUCCAAGAGCGACAUCCGCUAUGUCGGCACCCUCUACGAAAUAAACUCAAACGAGUCCACCGUCUCCUUAGAGAACGUCAGAUCACAUGGCUCAGAAGGCCGCAAGGGCGACCCCUCGGAGGAGGUGUCGGCGUCCGACCAGGUCUACGACUUCAUCGUCUUCCGAGGCAGCGAUGUGAAGGAUCUGCGCAUUGAGGAGGGUCCCGCUGCGCCCAAGGAAAACCAGCCUCCAAUGCCCAACGAUCCAGCCAUCGUCGGUGGCGCUCGCGCUCAUCCAGGACGCGCACCUGGUGCCAACCAAGCCCCUGGCCCCAACGGUCCUCCCGGCCCCCCAGGCGCACCCGGAUUUCAAAACCCCAACAUGUUCCCUCCUUACCCACCCCCACAAGGCUGGGGCCGACCUGGGCCUGGUCCUCCUGGGCCCGGAGGAUUUGGCAUGGGUUACCCACCUCAGGGUUGGUUCCCUCCUGGGCAGGCUUUCCCUCCCAACGGGCCAGGUCCCUGGAAUAACUACCCCUUCCCUCAAGGCCCGCCAGGCGGACCGCCAGGCCCUCCCGGCAUGCAGCAGCAAGGGCAGCAGCGGCAGACACCCGGUAUGUCUCCGAAUGCCAUGCAAUCCCAGGGAGACAACAAGCCAACACCCAUUGGUGGAGCGGCAGACUUGUCGAGGGGUCCUGGUCCGGCUCCUGUUGAGAUGCCCUCCGAUUCACGAGUUCCUGGCCAGGUCCAGGCCCCCUCGUCCACAGCCCCGGCGCCCACACCUCCCGUGGCGUCCAAACCGACCGCGGAAGAGGUCAAGGUCACGGCUGCCUUGUUGGAGAACCAGAAGCCUGGAGAGAAGCUCGCAGCACCUUCGGCCCCAGGCAAGCAGAUCCCCACUGGUCCCAAGGGCUUGACCAGGAUCACCCCGGCAGUGCCUCUUCCUGCUGCAAUGACAGCCAGGGCCGCACAGUCGACAGUUGCUGCAAGCGCCAACGUAAACUCGUCUACAAACUCGGCUGCCGCUCUUAGGGACGCGACGGAAGCAGCUAGGGCUGCAGUUGCUGUUGCUAUGGCCAAGCUGAACGAGCAGCCAGGUAGCUCGGUCGGCCCUGCGGCUCACUCGACGAAUGGCAACAGCAUCGACAACCUGACCAACAAGGUCAAUGAGAUGAGGAUGAGCUCAGGCCGAGGCGGCCUUCAAAAUGGUCGUGGCCGUGGCCGUGGCGGAGCUCGUCAUACCAAGGUCGAGGUGCCCGACUCAGACUUCGAUUUCGCGACGGCCAACGCGAAGUUCAACAAGGAAGAUGUUGUCAAGGAGAGGAUCGCGGGCUCGCCAAUAACCGAGGCCCCGGAUGCCGCCGUCGACGGCCAGGCAAGCGCUGCUUCUGAGCCCAAGGAAGUCUACGACAAGACAAAGUCCUUCUUCGACAACAUCUCCAGCGAAGCCAAGGACCGCAAGGCAAAUAACGGCCAGCGGCAAGGUGGUCGGGAAUGGCGCACCGAGGAACAGAACCGCAACAUCGAAACAUUUGGCCAAGGCAGCGUCGACGGCGGCUACCGAGGUUACCGAGGACGUGGUCGCGGCCGUGGUGGUCGAGGACGAGGCUACGGCGGUCGUGGCCGCGGUGGCUACCGAGGGCCUCGAAACGAUGCGCAGAGUGUUCCCCAGUAGGGAGCACAAUCUGUUUUUUCGACACCAGUAAUCCACUGCAAUUUACUGCAACGGGGUCCUUCCAAGGGGGGUUAUAAUGACGAUACGUUUUCCGGUCUGACACGAAUUGGGCCUUAUCUCGUCUGCAUCAUUUCACGGCACCAGGGUGUCUUUCUCAUGGUCAACUAGACCAUUGUACCACUACGAUGAAUCAUAGCCGCCUGCGAUGAGCCUCGAUUCCUGCUCGAGGGGGGGCGGCAAAGGGGCAUCCAGCGUAUUCGAUGCCUUUUUUCUUUCUUUCUCUUUAGCAUGCAACUAUGUCUUAUAUCGACGCGGACGAAGCCUGGAGCGUGCAAUGGCACUGGCGCAGGACAUGAGCGGGGGGACUGUCAAGGCGUCUGAACGGAAUGGAAUUCUACUUUUUGCUUUUAUUGACACAGCAUGCGAAGGGACGAAUUCAACUAGCACUGAAAUGAGGGAAUGGGAGGCGAGGCAAAGCAGAAUCGGCCAGCGUCUAGGCACGCAUUGCCUUUCUUGAAGGAGGCCGGAGAAGAAGGAAUGCCAAAGAGGAACACAGGGUAACGGUGAGAUUGGAUCUCGUUCUGAGUGGUCUCGCCCUCGGUUACCUACAGCCCCAUCGAUAUUCGGUUGCGGUGCGAAGAAGAGCGGGUGGCGGGAGAUCAAAACCAAAGCCGAACCACAUCUCAUCAAACGAUGACCACUCAGGAAGGAAAAAGAAAAAGGACAAAACAUGGAAAAAGCUGCUCCGGUUCAACUGUUGAACGGGCUUGAUUUUUUUUCUUUGAGGCUUGGCGGAGCUAGAUACCUAGGCAGUCUUUCUUCCCUUGUCACCCGUGGACUCUGGGCCACCACCGUGUCAUCCCGGUCAUGGCGGCGAGGGAGCUACUCCCCUGAUGAAGGUGCCUGAUCUAAAUGACAAGCUACGUUCCGGUCUCAUGCCAUGCUCUCUGAACUCUGCUCAUCUUUGAAAUGCCCUUGCUGUGACGGGUGUCUGUCUCAUCUCUCACAAGACAGCACCACAACAUGAGAGGUUCAAGUUUGCCCACUUCCUCCGUUCGUGCUCACGAAAGCAAGCCGACAAUCUCCUGGAUGGCACCGGCCACCAGCUCCGGGUUCUCAGGCUUCAGCGUCGCAGGGUCGGCGUCCCCGUCAUCCUCGGACCCGUCCUCCUCCUCCCCGCUGCUGUCCGAGCCGUAGUCUACCAGGCCCAUACCGCCGCCCCCGCCGGGUUUCUUGGUGCCGUUCCCUUGGAGGGCCUGUGCCGCCUGCGCCGAGGCGGUGGUGUCGGCCUUGCGCGGGCUGCUGCUGUUGUUUUUGGCUCCUUCAUCACCAUCAUCAACAACCAUCCCACCCCCUCGCGGCCGGCCUGAAGCCCGCCAGAAGCCGCUGUCCUGCGCGUCGUCGUCCUCCUCGUCGUCAUCGUCGCUCGAGCCGCUGCUGUCCGGGUCACUACUGCUAGUGUCCGCGCGCUCUGCCGCCGCCGCCGCCGCCGCCGCAGCCAUGACCUCGUCCCCGUCGCUGUUGACCUCGCCCUCCUCCGCAUCCGGGUCCGCCGCCCCGGCGUGUCGUCGCCCUGGGGUGGGCCUUCCUGCCCCGCCGCGACCAGCCCGGCCCCGCCCUCGUGCGGAGGUGGUCGCGUUGCCGCGGCCGCGCUGGCUCCUGUCAGACUGUCGCACCGGGAGCCCGGCCUCGCCUGCGCCUCUGCCCCCGCCGCUGAUGGCCUGGCGCUUCUGUGAUGGCUGCUGCCGCGACGUGGGAUCGUCUCUGGACCCCGGGGCGGCCUUGCGUUUCGCCGCCGCCGCGGCUUGUUGUUGUUGUUGUUGCCUUUUCGGGGGUGGGCGGCGCUCCGUCGAGCCGAGGACGUGGCCCUCUGGAAGCGGUGGUGAUGCCGUCUCCGCCGUGGAGGAGGCAGGGUCGGCCGAGGGGCGAGGAGGAGGAGGGAGCACGUAGAUGGUGGGGUACUCGAGGACGGUGCGCCCGGCCAGCGCGGCGCUGAGGUCCUCGGUCGCCGACACGGGGAUCAGCUCCUUGGACUUGCCCGCGACCGUCAGCGGCCGGAGCAGGUAGAACCUGUGGCGCCUGCGCGCCUCGACCUCCCCGUCUGCGUCCCACGACGUCGUGGUCGCGCCGGCGUCGCUGGACCACGCGGCCGUGAAGGGACUCUGGGUCGGGUACUGCGUCCUGGGGUGCCACGUCGCGGAGCCGCCGUCCUGCAUCAUCAUCGUCAUCGCGCCGCCGCCGCCUCGCUGCUCGGUCUCCUUGACCUCGCGGAUCAGGACCCUCUUGCGCCGCCCUGCCUGCGCGGGCUCGACGUCCUCGUCGUCCGCCGCGUCGUCGCCCGCCUCCUGGCCCUUCUUGUACCAGGCCACCGAGUUCCCCAGCGCCUUGUACAGCGGCAUCGUCUCGAGCGCGUUGUGGCGUAUCCUCGUGGGUUUCUUGUUGAGCCCCGCCUCUUCCUCUUCCUUCCCGUCGCCGCUGCCACUGUCUCCAUACAGCAUCCACUCGACGCACCAGUUGAUCCGCCUGGCCUUGCGGUUCCACAUGGUCGUGUUCUCCCUCUGCCUCGUCAUCCCGACGGGCAUCUGCACCACCCGCACGUUCUCGGCCGCGAGGCGCUGGCGGACGCGCUGCGUGAGCUGGCUCGCCUUGGCGGGUAUGUUCCUCCUGUUGUGCCUCGCCUCUGCCCCUGGCCCCGCCCCGUCCUCGCCGCUGUCCUCGCCGUCGGAAGCGAACAUCCUAGGCUCGCCGCCGCCGCCGCCGCCGCCGACGGGGUGGAAGCGGACGUCAUCGCCGAACCACUGCUUGCGGAAGCUGAAGGGGUCGUCGAGCUGGCUGCCCAGCUCCUUCUGCGAGAAGAGCCCGCGCUCGUCGACGAUCUCGCGCUGGUUGCGCUCGCGCUCGCGCUCGAUGGCGGAGAGGAAGUUGUAGUCGUGGUCGAUGCCGGCGGCGGUCUUGAGUUUUGAGGGGGGCAUGUAGGCCGUCGGGUCGCGCUUCCCGGAGCAGUUGGCCCAGGACUUGUGUUUCUUGUUGCAUUCCAGCGAGCACGUGUGCGUGUUGCAUCCCGGGCAGGUGUACUUGGGCGUGCUGAUGUGGCAGAUGCUGCACAGCGUGUUGAGCAGCGGGUCUGCCAUCUUUUUUUUUUUUUGCCCGGCGCGUGUGAGAGGUCGUGGUAGGAUUCGAGUCAGGUAAUGGGGAUUGUAGUGAUGGGUGCUUUUAGACGUUGUUGGUAUGCUGGUUCCCAAAUUGUAUCAAGGAAAUAAAACAAAAGAACGCCGACGAAUAUGCAAAUGCAGUGGUGUAAA